CUCAGUCCAACAGUAUCAACGUGUGACUGGGCCCGCUGCUGUGUGUAAAGCAUUUUACACAGGCUGUCAUCAUGGGGGAAUGGUCCUUCCUGUCUGAUUUAUUGGACAAGGUGCAGUCACACUCCACCGUAGUGGGGAAGGUCUGGAUGAGUGUGCUUUUCCUCUUCAGGAUCUUCAUCCUAGCUGCUGGCAUAGAUAAAAUAUGGGGAGAUGAACAAGGAAACAUGAACUGUAACACACACAGCCCUGGCUGCAAGAACGCCUGCUAUGAUCGAUCCUUCCCCAUGUCUCACACACGCUUCUGGGUCCUCCAGAUCCUCAUUGUCUCCACUCCAACACUCAUGUAUCUGGGCCACGUCCUGCUGGUGAUUCGCAGUGAAAACAAGCUGAGAAGAAGAAGAAGCCUGGAAGAGAAAGUUGGUAAAUAUGGGUUACUUAAAGCUCCAAAGUAUUCAGAUGAACAUGGCAAAGUUCAGCUCAAAGGUAUUCUGCUGUUCAGCUACAUGAUGCAGCUGCUGUUCAAGAUCCUGCUUGAAACGGCUUUCAUCGUAGGCCAGUACUUCCUCUAUGGCUUCAUACUUAUGCCUAGUAAGAUUUCAUUCUCAGAGUACCCUUGUCCAGCACCAGUGGACUGCUUCAUUAGUCGUCCAACAGAGAAAACCAUCUUCAUUAUCUUUAUGUUGGCGAUGGCCAUCUUGUCUGUCUUUCUCAACAUCAUGGAGAUGUUCCACUUGAUGAUCUCAAAGAUGAGGAAGAUGAAGAAGAAAAGGAAGAGCGACAGCUCGGAGAUGUACUGUAUGGACAAACCAAACCAAAACUCAACUGAGAUUGUUACAAAUUGUUGAAAGACUGUAAACAGAGAUGUUUAGCUAUUGAUCAAUAAUUAACUUGCGGUUAAAUGGGCGAUUUCAGCUAUGGGUUUUUAGGGGCAUGCUCCACCUCAUAAUAGGUUCAGAAGGGUCUUAUCAUCCUAUUAAAUGGGCUGCUAAAUAAAUGCUUUUUGUGAGGCGUUGACCUCAAGAGGCGUGGUAAUUAUUACAGGAGUAAAGGAAGACAUGACAAGGAAAUCAACGGUGCAAGGAGAAAGGUUGGGCUGGUUAAAUACACAAGGCUACUAAUAGGACUACUAUUUCAAUAACUAAAGGCAUUGAUUCUGAAGCAAGCCUGUUUUUUAUUUUUUACUAAAACUAACCAUGAAGUGCUUUUGCUUUAAUCCAAAUAUAUUGUUUCUUUUUCCCAAACCUAAUCACAUAGUUAUAGUACCUUAACCUAAUGAAACUGUGACAGGCCAUUUAAUAGUGUGCUCUUCUGCACAUAAUAGGUGGAGCAGGCACCUUCUAACGCAUAUGUAUGAGGCUGAUAAAGAUUGAUUAGGGCCAUUUAAUGGGCACAUAAAAAUUGAAUGUAGUUUGUCUUUUUGAACAAUGUGUACAGUGUUGUGAAAAUGAAUAUACCUUGGGGCAAUACAGUCUAAGUCUAUUGUGGCUUUGCCUGGGCUAUUUCAGGAAGCAUAGUUAGCUGACAAUUGAGAAGAGGCUCAACCUCAUGUUCAUGUCUUACAUUAAAAAAAACUGUGUCAGCAACAACUUUUAUAGUUAUUGUUUCAUUUUAGGAAUUUCAUGAUUGAUCGAAUAUUCCAUUCUUCUGCUGUACAAUGCAUCGUGAAAAUGAGUGUUAAAAAGUGGUUAAUGUACUUUGGCUGAUGAAUCAAAGCACAUUACACAAGUACAUUAUCCCACGCUUUAAAAUGCUAUUUAUCACAGAUGUGAAUCACUGUUAUGAUGAUGUAAAGUAUGUUGAAACUUUUCAUGCCAGCAGCCACAUGGAGACAGUCCUAAGAUGUUUUAGUUAAGAAAUUAUCUCAAUGAGGGAUUUUUAUGACCAUUGUGCCAAACACCUGAAUCUGCAGUACAGUAUGAUGAUGUUAUCACUAUUAAAUUCCAUUCACCGAAAGUCUUGUAGUGGACAUUGGGAGUUCAUUUGGGGAGGUGAGAAGGAUCCUAACUGAGUGAGAGGAUCAGGAUUAAAAGAGCUGGUCAAAUACUCUGAAUACUCAGGAAAGUUUCUUUGAUGCUUUCUUUCUUAUCUCCUUUAACAUAGGAUACACUGCACCACUCUAUUAAAGGAAAGGAGAUCCUACCAUAUCUUAAUAA